GCUCGCCAAAAUAAAACGUCGAUUCACCGGCGUGCGGUAAGACCGGUGUGUCGGCACGCAUAUAUACGCGUAUACCUAUAUAAAAGUGUCAUCGUGCCAUUCCCGAGGAUAGUUGGUCGCUGCGCAUCGAGCGAACAUGAUCGAGUUUCUAGUACUUUUUCUUGGCGUUUACGGGACACUGGCGGCUCCACACACGUCCCACCAGAAUCACGAUGUCUACCAUCGCUUGGACAAUCAUGCGGAGAUAAUCGGUCACCAGUUACCCGGCACGGAGAAUCUCAACGAGAAGGCGCUGCCGAUAUCACAAUUGUUCGCUGUGGAAACGUAUAACCGCCCGGCGAAUAAUAAUUUGGCGGAGAGGUCUCAAGUAUCGCAACGGCUGCCCGGGACGGCAAAUCUGGCGGAGAAACGAAUCCCUGAAGCUAUCCUGAAGAGGUUGCAACUUUCCGUGAUGUGAGGGAAUCUCGAAAUUUCGGCAGCUUGUUCGAUAACAUUAACAUUGAAGGUUAUCUUUAUAAGAAACACUAUGAAGAAAUUGUAUUCAGCUGAUUGGCUGACAGGCUCUGAUAUACAUUCCCCAUCUACCUCGGUUUAAACAUGUAACAGCUCGCAUAUGAUACCAAGACAAUUUAUUUAUUUAAGCUACGUCAUUACGUUUCUUUGUCAAAUGAGACUAAAGAUUGAGGAUGUUUGAACAUCGUUUUAUCGCAAAAGAUUGCAAGGAUUUGUUUAACAUCAUGUCUUUUCGCGGAAGAAGACGUUCUCGUUGUAAUCAUCAAUAAAUUAUUACUGUUUCUGCGUUUCCCAGGACGAAGUAGAUAAUUUUAACUUGUUAUUUGGUAAUAACGUAAUUCCGAGCGUAAUGGAACCGCGAGAGCGCAAUGGGGAGCGGAUGAAUUCGCGAAAGAAAAUGUGCAAUCUGCGCUUUCUUUUGCUCUUGCCGUCGGCUCUCGCGACCGUUAUUACCCCGUGAGAUUGCUGUUAUUAUGUUUAUCACAACUGCAAUUGUAUAGUUAAUGCUAUAAAAAUUAGCGCUAUUGUUUAUCAUACGCUAAGUUUUCAAAGGAAUAUCCAAAAGUAAAGAAAUAUGAAUUCUACCGAGAAUAAAAUUGCACAAUCUGUUGUUUUACUUUCCACUACGUGAGCUCAUAGAAAUACUACUAGUUGUGUCUCUCGUAAAGUAAAAUUUAUAAAUAUAAAUAUCUGUAAUUAUAAAUUAUAUUAUAAAUAUAUUAUAAUUAUAAAUAUUUCGUUGCAUUAUCACAUGUGUUUUGAAGAAAAUAUAUUACAACUGGAUAAGAA